AUGAUCAUGUCUGGCAACGGUCAUCUUCGAAUUCUCCUCAUCGGCAAAGGCGGCCGCGAGCAUGCAUUGUCAUGGAAACUAAGCCACUCGCCCUCAGUUGAUCAUGUUUUCGUCUUCCCGGGCAAUGGAGGCACUGCAAAGGGACUGUCCAAUGUCUCCAAUAUACGCGAAGAUAUCACAGAUUAUACAGAACUGGUGUCUCUGGCCCAGGCUCUUGCCAUCGACCUAGUUGUUGUCGGACCUGACGAUGCGGUAGUCGGCGGUAUUGAGGGAUUUUUCAGGAACAGUGGAAUUCCUUGUUUUGCACCUACGAAAGAAGCGGCCGAAAUUGAAGGCUCCAAGGCCUACGCGAAAGACUUCAUGAGAAAAUAUGGCAUACCGACUGCUGCAUACAAAAACUUCGACGAUAUUAGUCUUGCCAAGACUUAUGUUAACGCCGUGAACCACAGAGUCGUCAUCAAAGCGAGCGGUUUGGCUGCGGGAAAGGGUGUCUUUCUUUCCACAAGUAAAGAAGAGGCCUGCAAAUACUUGGAGGAUAUAAUGGUCAAGGGGCUGUUUGCCUCCGCUGGCUCCUCCGUCGUCGUCGAAGAAUACCUCGAGGGCGACGAAAUCAGCGUCCUCACAUUCAGCGAUGGCGAAUCCAUCAUAUCUUUACCGCCAGGUCAAGACCAUAAACGCAUCUUCGAGAACAACACCGGCCCAAAUACUGGUGGCAUGGGUGUCUAUGCGCCUGUGCCGUUUGUGACUGCGCAGCAAAUGGACGAGGUCGAGAAGACAAUCCUCCGGCCCACUUUCGCGGGCUUGAAGACCGAAGGCCGUACGUUUAGGGGUAUGCUGUUUACGGGCAUUAUGAUAACCUCAGAUGGACCGAAAGUUAUAGAGUACAAUGCCCGAUUUGGAGAUCCUGAGACGCAAAGCAUGAUGAUGCUCCUCUCUCCGGAGACCGACUUGGCAGUCAUUCUUCUGGCAUGCACGCAACAAACGCUAAGCAGUGUCACUUUGCUUCUUCGCCCUGGCUUUGCCUGCAACGUUGUUGUGGCAGCUGGCGGAUACCCAGGCAAAUACUCGACGGGGGACAACAUAGCAGUUGGAGGCAAUUCAGAUGAAGUACAAGUGUUUCAUUCUGGUACCGAGCUCAUAGAAGGAGCCUUGAAGACUGCAGGUGGUAGGGUGCUGUCUAUUGCUUCUUACGGAGAAACCCUUAAAGAUGCUGUCGACCUGGCUUACCGCGCCGUUACUGGAGUUGACUUCCAAGGGAUGUACUUCCGAAAGGAUAUUGCGCGACGAUGCCUCGAAUAG